CGGUCCCGCAGUUGGUGCGGUCCGGGCCGGGACAAUAUGGCUACGGUAUUCCGGCCCCUGGAAAGGUUGCGGGCGCCGCGUCCUUCGUUGCAUCCCGGGGUGACAGGCUCAGGCUCCGCCUGCGGCCGCUGCACUCUCGGAGCUAAAAGAUACCUACUCACAGACAGCAUUGUGAAAUUAAAGGAAUUCCAACAGAAGAAAGUGGCUAUUGCAUAUAACCUUCCCAGCACCAAAGAGAUCUAUUUCCGCACCUUGGAGGAGAAACUGACACAGAACAAACUCAUCUUGAAGGAGGAGUUGAAAACACUGCUUCACCUGUGUCAGUCCCGGGAGGAUGUGGAACUGGCGAGAAGUGUCAUUUAUAGGUACCAUGCAGAGAACAGAAAUUUCACUGUGGGGGAGUAUAAGUUUGGACCAGUUUUCAUGAGGCUUUGCUAUGAGUUGGAUCUUGAGAACUCUGCAGUAGAACUCAUCAAAGACAAGCAUUUACGAGGUUUCUUCCUAGACUCAACAUCAUUCAAUAUUUUGAUGGAUAUGCUGUUUACCAAAGGCAAAUAUGAAAGUGCCCUGGAAGUACUGAUUGAAAUGAAAAACCAAGAUGUGAAGUUCAGCAAAGACACCUACAUCCUUGCUUUUGCAAUUUGCUACAAACUGAAUAGCCCGGAAUCUUUUAAAAUUUGUACAACCUUGAGAGAAGAAGCCCUAAUUAAGGGAGAUGUCGUCUCCAGGAGAGCAUGCUGCUUUGCAGUAGCAUUAGCUCUGAAUCAGAACCAGGUGGAAAAAGCCACGUCCAUUUUUUCUCAAAUCAUGAACCCAGAGAGUAUAACCUGUGCUAACUUAAAUAUUUUAAUCCAUGUCCGGUCAAAUAUGUUGGAAAACGUGAUAAAGAUCUUACAGGACACUGUUGACAGAAAUAUAUCGGUAUUUGUGAAAAAACACGCGUUCUCAGAGGAUGUGGACGCACAUGCUCAGUGCGAAGACUGUUUCCUCCUGGUGUAAUAUGGCUUCUGGGAUUCUCAGGGAAGCGGCUCCUUCGUGAUGUGAUGUUCUUUCCCGGCACUAUUCUGUAGGUGCUUUCCUCUUUUCUCUCAAGCAUCCAGUACCUUCUCUGUGCUCCUCACUCUCAGCUAACCUUGCUUCCUGUUUGGGGGAGGAAAUAGAAACAAGCCGAAGAGUGACUAGUCCCUGAUCAGCCGCUGGCUGUGGUUGCUGUAUGCCCAUGGUGACUGCGCCUGCUCUCUCCAGCAUCUCCAUCGUCUGUCCGUCUUUCCCUGCUCCUGGGCACUGUCUGUCUCUCCUUCCUUGUGGACCAGUCCUAUCAACGUUAUUGUGUAUAUUAUCUGUCCUACAAAUAGGAAAGCUGGAUCUUGCAAAAGCCAGUUCUUCCAGAGUUAAUGUGAUAAGGUAAUGCCCUCAGUAAAUAUACCACUAUACGUUUCUGUGGCUUAACUUAAAACAAACAAGACUAGCUUGUUUAAAGGAAGGAACGGCUUGAAGACACAGCUCAGCCGUUCUCUUCCCCAGCUCUCAGAGUCCACCUUAUUUUUUUCUCACAAGGUCCUGGGGACCAGUGAGCACCGGAGAUCCACCUCUCUCUACCUCCUAACUUCCAGAUGAAAAGCCUGCCUUUUUGGAUCAUCUUGGCUUUUUACAUGGGUGCUAGAGAUCAAAUUUUAAGUCUUUGUUUUUACAAAGCAGACUCGUACUUGACAAAGCUAUCUCCUCCCUCCUCUGCAUAAAACCUUUCUUCACAUUUA